GUCAAAAAGUCAAAAAGUAAAAUUACAAGUAAUCGUUUUUCGGGGAAUUUUCUUCUUAGCGUUGUCUCCGGCACCAGCAACCCUUAACACCGCCAUUUCCGUCAGAAGCGAAAAAAGAGAGAAAAGCUAGAAAAUUUGAAGAACUAGUACUACUCUUUCUACUUUUUCCUCUUUGAUUCUCUAUCUUCUGCAAAAUUCAACAACUAUUACUCUCUUUUUUUUUUUCCCACAGAAUUAUUUUCUGCAUUCCCCAAUUUUGUUCCUAAAAACAAUAUUAGGUUUAAGUUUUUGUUGCUCAAUGUUGAGGUCGUGGUGAUCGUGGUUCCAUUUCCGAGGUCAACUAGGGAUACAUUGUCCAUGAAAACCGUUCCGACAACUCCAAUCGCCAGGAACCGGAGGUCCGAGCGUCUCGAGAAGAAGACGCCGCCGCCGUCUUCAGCUGCUCCGGCGCCAACGAGAGGGAGUUCCGAUCUGAAGAAGGUCGAGAAGUCUGCCUCGGUAGUGCCGACUCCUUUGAGGAGAUCUGGGAGGCUUUCCUCUUCUGGUUCUCCUUCCAAAGGCUCCAAUUCGAAGAGCUUCGGGUCUUGUUCUACAGAGGAGAAACGGAAGUGUGUGAAGCGGUUGAGAGCUCAAGAAGAAGAAGAAGAAGAGUUGGAGGAAGGUAGUGAGAAAGAGGAACGUGCAGGAAGCGAUUCUAAGGUUAACAAGAAGAGAUUGCAUGCGCGUGUAUAUCGGGCUUCGUUAAAAUCUAAAGGAGAUUUUUGUGGGGAAUCAAAUAAGAUGGAUAAGUCAACUCAGGAAGGUGAUAAGGAUAGUGGUAACAAGAUGGAAAAUGAUAGUGUAGUGCCAUCUGGAGAUGACAAAGCAAAAGAGAUGAUAGCCGAGUCUAGGUUUAGUGAUCCUGUGGAAGACUUAUUAUUGGAAAAUAAUGUGGCUCCAUCUGGUGCUACAACUGAUGAGGCUAGGUUGGCAUCUGAAUCGAAUCAGUCUGGUUGCCGUGGAGAGGAGACAUCAGAGACAGUAGUGUCAAGGAAUACGAAGAGAUCCCAAUCUAGGUUGAGUGGGCCUCCAGAAGGACUAUCAGAAAAAAAUGCAUCUAGUGCAGCGCCUCAAAGUGCGCCUCAAAGUGAUCACUCUGAUUGCAAUGGGAACGAGACAUCACCGAUAAGGAAUUCUGUUUUCAAUGAAAGUUUGAUUCAGAAACGUGUUAGCCAUGAUAGGGGUGAAAAUUUGAUACCCUCAAAGAGAAAGGGGACCAUGGUGGACAUGCAUUCAGAUGUUUCUGCUACAUCGGUUGAUGAUGAAAACUGCAACUUGGCUGUGGCUGCUGACCCUUCAAAGCUGUGUGGUAGUACUGGAGGGACCAAUGGGCCAUGCUCUAAAAGGAUAAGGCGGAUCUCUUUAUCAGAUGUGCAAAGCGAUCAAAGGAAAUUGAUCAGUAACGUUGACCAGCUUUCUCCAGGAGUUGAUGGUGUAAGGCUAUCUUCUCGAGACAAGGAAGGCAAAUCUCAAGGUAAUGAUGCUGAAUAUAUAAGGAAACAACAGAGGUGCUUAAUACUUCUACUGAAGCCGGAGAUAGCAAAGCUUUGUGAACUUCUUCUUUUACCAGAUGAUGUCAAGAAAAUGGCUGAUUCUUGUCUUCAAUAUGUUCUGAACAAUCGUCAAAUCUGUACAAAACCAGUCUCAAUAUUGCAGGCCUUUCAAUUAUCUUUGUGUUGGACUGCUGCUUCUUUGCUAAAGCAUAAACUUGAUUUUGAAGCUUCCAUCAAGCUUGCAAAGCAGCAUUUGAAUUUCACCUGUAAGAAAGAAAUGGUGGAUGAAAUUUAUUCAAUGCUGUUGGGACUGAGAGAAGAGAUUUUAUCCCACAUUUGUGGCAUCAUUGAUUCUUCAAAAGCUCCUGAAUCAUCAAACCGGGUUUAUUCCUAUAGUGAAGUGGCACCGGUAGUUGAUUCAGCCAACAAAGAUACUCCGGAAAGUACUAAAGGAAUUCCAGAGUGUGAAAACCAGGAGGGGAACAUACAUCUGAUGCUACAGGAAGAAAAACAAAACCUUAAAGCAGCUAUGGAGAAAGAGAAGACUGAAUUUGAGAGAAGGGUUAAACUCCAGUGGGCAGCUAUUCGAUGUUGUUCUCCUAAUGAUGUGACGAGGAGCGAAAAACUCAAGCUUUUCACUAGUGAGUAUGAAAAAAGAGUACGAGAAUUAAACCGGCAGCAUGAAAUUCGUCUCAAGGAUCUUGAGGCCAAACAAUUAAAAUCUUUGCAGAAACCCAAUAUAGUUGAAGCCAUAUCAAGGCCAGGAUCCGAGGUUGGAUUAUCUAAGUCUCCUGACAAUUCUGUUGCAUUCCCAGCAGAUACUCUCUCUAAGCCUUGGAAUUCUAGAGAACAAUGUUCUGGUGGAGCCACAAGCGCAGAAGAUGAAGCACAAGGGAGUGAAAAAGUUAGUUGUGAAUCUCGUAAUGGAGAGAUAUGUGAUCAGGAAACAUCAGAUGUUCCCAAUGGAGAGGCAGCUCUUUCAAUGUGUAAAUUCAGCAAUCUGAAUGAUGAUCAAGAUGAAGUUCCUCCUUCCUUCAAUUCACAAUCAUCUUCAGAGCAUGUCCCAUGUUUACCUACCACUAGCAUGGUAAGUUGUAAGGAAGCUACAGUAGCUGAUGAGAGCAAUGUUUCAAUAAAUGUGGAGACUCCAAAUUUGCCUUCAUCUGAUGAAGGAAUUGCUUCUUUGAAUUUAAGAUCACCUAAAAACCAUGCCUAUAGUCUAAAUGAAUUGUGUUUGCAAAGUUCUGAGAAAUCUGCACAAACUUGCAAGGCUGUUGAAGGCAAUGGUUCAAACAAUGCUGUGUCUCAGAAUUCACGUUUAAUUGACGAGAGAAUUGCUGCUGGCACCACAGUAGGUGUCCCAGAUAGAGAAGCACAUGUGGACAUGCUCGGGACUGUCAGUGACAGUCAUUGUCCAGAAAAUAUUACUGCUGUGAAUCCCUCUUCAUCCAUGCAGCAAAUACCCGAUGGUGUUGUCAAUGUCUUGGAUUUAGAAGAGUUGUAUAGACCAUGUGUAACUGAUGGUAAUGCUAUUACUAUCUUAAAUCAACCUUCGUCAGAGAAACAAAAUCAUGAUGGAUUCUCAUCAUCAACUAUACCUGCUGGAGAAAUCACAAUUGAAGUACCCGAAACUGCUUUAGAGGCCUCAAUAGUUGUAUCAGAUAGGGAAUUGUCUGUGGAAAUUCUUUCGUCACCCCUGAAUCAAACAUCUGUUGGAGCUUUCGGUCAAAGCGAUACAACUCCCCUUCCAACCACACCCUCUUUACCACAACAAAUUCCUGAUGCAAUAUUGCCCUGCAUGCCUGAUGGACAAAUUUCAGCAGAAGUGUCGGAAACUAACCAUGAGGUGACUGAAUGUCAGUUGACAGAAACAGUCAAUACAAGUACCACAUCAGACCAGCAGGAAGGAGUGGUAACCAUGACAGAGAACACUUCGGUCCAGGAGACUUCAAUAUCUAGACCUGUUGAUAUCACGGAGCCUCUGGAACAAUCGCAGCCAACAUCAUCUGUACAGUCCCUACCAGACACUGAUAGAGCGAGAGAAGUGCAGAACUCUUUGGUGUCUGGUCCAGUUGAUAUUGUACUAGAUAAUCAAUCCGAUAAUUCUUCACAGGUUGUUGAGCCUCAAGAGCAGGUGCAGCAGUUACCUGCUCUUGAGCUACUUCCUUCCAACCAGGAUCUGUCUCACUUGCCUUUGGCAGCGGGGGUCGAACAUCAGCAAACUAAUGGAGAUACUGUCCACAGCCAUCAUCUUGAGUCAUCAAGUGAAGUUUCAAAUGAAGCUGUAGGGCAGCAAUCCUCUACUUCGGAACUUGUUUCACACUCACAUCAAGAUGUGCAAACAGCCUCGAAUCUGGGCCUUGUUUCAUCUAUACCUGGUGGAGUGAGAGCACAAUCUUCAGACUCAAGAAACUUAUCCACAUCCUCAGGGGUCAAUACUCUUCACAUUCAAACUGCGGGCACAUCAGCUUCUGGGAUUGUUCCACCUAUAAGCCGUGAUCCACUUAAAAAUGAAUUGGACAGAAUACGUAGACUUGGAGAGAAAAAUAUGAAGAAUCAUGAAGAUGCGGUUAGCUUCUGGUUUACAUAUUGAUUUGAUUAUGUUAUUAUA